CAGCAGAUGCAGCGGAGAGCAGCAAUGGUCGAGUCAGCGAGAACAGCAGUGGAGCCGCACUGAGGCAAAGCAAGCUAGCCCCUUAUCUGGGGACUAGGACAACACAUAGGGGGAGAAGAAGAAGAGAAAUUGAGAAGGAAAUUGUAUCAACCCAAAACCUGAAUGCCGCCUGUUCAAUCAGAUUAACCGGAUAACCGGAAUUCCAAAAGUCCUUGGACCUACAAGAUGACCGUAGUGGCAGGAGAUAACAUGGAAGAGACUGCAGCCGUACCGGGGCACCCGCAGGACACAUACCCUCCCGACCAUGAAGACCACGACUGCUGCGAGAGGGUGGUCAUCAACAUAGCGGGGAUGCGGUUCGAGACGCAGCUCAAAACUCUCUCCCAGUUCCCCGAGACAUUGCUAGGCAACCCCAAGAAGAGGAUGCGCUACUUUGACCACCUGAGAAACGAGUAUUUCUUUGACAGAAACCGUCCCAGUUUCGAUGCCAUCCUCUACUAUUACCAGUCCGGGGGUAGGCUGAGAAGGCCCGUCAACGUCCCGUUGGAUAUGUUCUCGGAAGAGAUAAAGUUUUAUGAGUUGGGAGUGGAUGCCAUGGAGAAAUUCCGUGAGGAUGAGGGCUUCGUCAGGGAGGAAGAACGUCCUUUACCUGAGAAGGAGUUCCAGCGUCAGAUCUGGCUGCUUUUUGAACACCCAGAGAGCUCGGGUCCAGCCAGAGGGAUUGCUAUAGUAUCUGUAAUGGUAAUUCUGAUUUCCAUAGUCAUAUUUUGUUUAGAGACUUUACCCGAUUUGAAAGAAGACCCUAGGGGUCGGUUUAAGACUGUAGGGAACCAUACCUUUUACUACAAACCAAACAUCCUAACCGACCCUUUCUUCAUUAUUGAAACUCUUUGCAUUAUCUGGUUCUCGUUUGAGUUGUUAGUGCGUUUUUUCGCGUGUCCAAGCAAGGCAGUCUUCUCCAAAAACAUGAUGAACAUCAUCGAUAUAGUGGCCAUCAUCCCUUACUUCAUCACACUGGGCACGGAGCUGGCUGAGGACCCCGAAGACCAGGACGAGGGCAUGGGGGAGCAGGCAACAUCUCUGGCCAUCCUCAGGGUAAUCCGUCUGGUCAGAGUGUUUAGAAUCUUUAAGCUGUCACGACACUCCAAAGGAUUGCAGAUCCUGGGACAGACCCUGAAGGCCAGUAUGCGCGAGCUCGGAUUGCUGAUCUUCUUCCUUUUCAUCGGAGUCAUCCUCUUCUCCAGCGCGGUGUACUUCGCAGAGGCCGAGGAGAAAGGGUCGUACUUCGGCAGCAUACCGGAAGCUUUCUGGUGGGCCGUGGUGUCUAUGACAACUGUGGGCUAUGGGGAUAUGGUGCCUGUCACUAUAGGGGGCAAGAUAGUGGGUUCCCUUUGCGCCAUUGCUGGUGUGUUGACGAUUGCACUUCCAGUGCCUGUCAUUGUGUCCAACUUCAACUACUUCUACCAUAGGGAGACCGAGGGAGAGGAGCAGGCUCAACUCUUAAACGUUAGUGAACCAAACAUUAGUGAAAGCAACUCUAGUCGCCGCAGCUCGUCCGCUGUCAGCAAGUCAGAAUACAUGGAAAUUGAUGGAGACAUUAAUAAUAGCAUCGACAAUUUUAGAGAGGCAAACCUCAGAACUGGCAAUUGCACUCUAGCAAACCAAAACUGUGUAAAUAAAAGCAAGCUGCUUACAGAUGUGUAGAAUCGAAUGAGAAAACAUGGGACUUAGAUGAUGCCGUCACACGUUGAGUACACCAUCCGUUUUGAAUGCUUCAUUCGCCUCCUAUAAGCGCUCUAGCAUUACGACAACAACCAUGCUCACCAAUUUGAAAGGAAUUAUUUUAAAGGAAGAAAAAAAUAAAAUUCAGCUGUUACUAGAGAAUACGACAUAUAGAGUAAUUACUUAUUUUAAAAUGAUCCUUCAAAUGCGUAUAUAUAUAAAAUAAAAUAAAAUACAUAAACUUCUAUUUAACACGCAUACGGGAAGCGCGACUAACCAACAGCACUUACGAGGACAUAUCUGUUUUUAUCAGCCAAAGCCAGACGUGAUAAUUAAAACGUUAUGCAUCCAUACAGAUAACAACAUUUCAGCAAGUGCACACUGCAUCAAGGAUAAAAUGCAUCAGAAAACACCAUCUGCUGCAAAGAGAGUGCCAGCAUCUGCAGCACCCAGUCAGUGGUCGGACCAACCGACACCUGGCCUGAAGUCCGAGGCGACUCCUCUACCCCUCUGUCAUCAAAGGAUCUACUAUACAGCAAAGCACCUUAUCGGAAAAAUACUGAUAGCUGAGGAUCACUGAUCUUCUGGUUUGGAUGUUAAAAAGAGGCUGAUGAUCUACUCGCCUCAGUCUGCUAGACCUGCGGACAUCUGCAAUGCUGCUAUUUUCCAGCAGUUAAAUGCUGUAAUUACGAUAUCACCAAGUGAUUCAAUGACAUUUUUGCCCGUUGGAUGCAAGACAGCACAAUGAUAUAACAGAAGAGCUUCACAUGAGCAUGUUCAGAAGAGACUCCCCAUACAUUUUGAUAUUGGCAUGUGUGAUGAUGAGACGUAACCUUAUAAUAAUGCUAAAAAUAUAUUUAUUUAGGAAUAUUUCCAUCCCCCUAUGCCUUCAUUCGAGUCCCAUUCGUUUUCACUUAGAGUGCAGCACUGGUUUUAAAUCGUUUUUGAUUUGAAAAUUCCUAAUUAUUUAGAAGUAUUUAGCGAGUGAAUGUUAAAAACAUCUUAAGGGAAACAGUAACUAAACGAAGAUCAUAGCAUGAGAAAAAGUAACCUGCAUUAUGGACUAUCGACUAAGGUACUGUGUAUCCUAGUACAUCUAAAUGCAUGACGUCAGUAUUCAGCUUGUUGCAAUUACAGACACUAUGAAAAGUGUCUCAUACUGUCAUGGAAACGAAACGUGGGAACUUAGAAAAAUCUCUGAACCAUUUAUGAAAUGUGACAAAAUAUAUAAAAAACCCAACUCGGGGAUGCUGACUUUCUAAUUUAAAACGUAGUAGAUCAAAGAAGCAGAAUAAAUACUUAUUAUCAAAACGCAUAUACUCAUAAAGCACCAAGUUACAGUAUUACUUCAAUAGUGCAGUGCAUGGACCAUCUUUGAACAUAGAAAAAGUAAACGUAUUAUGAGUCAUGCCUUCCAUUUCACCACUAAAUGUAGGGAUAUGUUUGUUGGUUUUCACAAACAAAACAACAGAAACAAGUCUUAUUUUCCUGAAAUUAGCCUUUGUUUAAUAGAUAUUGCAAAUAAUAAUUGUGUACAUUAGUUGCUAGUGCCUUUACCCCUCUCACCAUGCAACAGGCUCAGUGAAAGUGCCUCUGUGUAUGUAGCCUACAAUGGAAAUCCAUGACAAGUUGAACAGAUCAGGUGCAAAAGAUCUCACUUGCUUCAGCACUAUUAUGCUGUUAUUAUUGUUGUUGUUGAGGAGGAUGAUGAUUGAUUAUUCUGAUAAUUAUUAAUACAGUGAGAGAAUGUUUGGUGAAAACAAUCAUGGAAGUGCACUACCAAACAUGAUCCAUAGUUGAGUUGACCCAAGACUCUAGAACAAUAUUCCAACAACCACCCUCUAGUACUUGAUGCUUCUCCACCCAUGCACCACAUUAAAUCAAAAGGGAAUAUCAUUGCUUUGCUUUGCUUUGUGUUGCUGUUGCUAUUGAUUUAUGUGCCAUAAGUCUUUUAAAUGUGUCUACCUCAGUGUGGUCACUACAGAACUCACUGCAGAGCUGCAAGCCAGGCUAUUCUUCGAUGCAAAGCAGAGUUUCCUUCUUCCACAACAUGCAAAAUGGCCUCUAAGUGGAGUAGACUGUGGUCAUCAGGGCCUGUGUUUAUGGCCUCGGAGUGCUGAGUGCUGAUCUAGGAUUAGGUCCUCCCCUGUCCAUGUAAUCUUAUUCAUUAUGAUCUAAAAGGCACAUUUGAUCCUAGAUCUGUACUCCUACUCCGAGAAGCUUUAUGAAUACAGGCCCUGAUGUUAAACUCUUAGAUUGGCCCCUAAAAGUAGCCUUAGAGAAGCACUUAGGUCUUAGGACAUAAUGUAACAACCACCCUUACCCCUAUCCCCUUUUCCUUCCAAGCUACGCACAAUCAAAAAAGAAAAUAAACACAUUAUUAUAGUAGUAGAGUAGACUAGAGCAUAGUGAUGUAGACUGACUGAUUCUCGAGAAAUGUUGAUACAAAUGGUUUGGUUUGGAUUCUUUGGUGUUACAGUUGUUGAGAAGUAAUGCAGGUUUGCUACUAUUAAAUCAUAGAAAUAGCAUGGGCAAUUAUAUCUGUGAAUGUCUGAAAGUGUGACACACUUCAUUGAUAUGUGCAUUAAUAGAAAUAUAAUUACUCAAAUUCAUCACAGAACAUUGACUUGAAUGGGAAUGUCCAUUCCAGUAAUUCCAUUUCUAAGUGUGUAUCAGUCACAGAACGACAAUGGAGUAGCCAGGGAGUCUUAUAUUUUUAGCAGAUUGGAAUUUCGCUCUGGGCAAUAUAAGUGCAUUAUUAGAUGCUACACCGUUUUUGCUGGUUCCAUUUGCUCAAUAGCUACAUGUAUUUAUUUCAUAAUAGAGUCUUCCAGCUCUCAGCGAAGCUUACUGAUGCAAUGUGAAUAUUGUUUCGUUAUUGCAGCAAAAUUUGGGCUGUAGUGUGUGUAAUGACUAGAUUGUUUAUGUUAUUAUGGUAGCGACCCUAGAAACAUUUGUGACCCUGAAGUUGAGGGGUUAUACACAAGACAGAUGUAAUGACACCACACAUAAACAUCGCUAAAGAUUCCUCAUGAGGGUAUGUCAUUUGGUGAAAAGUACUGUAUCAUGUUUCCUUUCUCUUUUUCCACUGGCCUUUACUGUAUGUAUACCGCCUCAAAUUCAGUUGUUACUAAAAUGUCUCAGCUAGUGAACCAUUUGCUUUCAUCAGUUUGUGCAAAGGCUUUACCUUUUGUGGACUAGCAGAAAGCCACUAUGUGCCCAUUGUUUAUGGACGAGGCCUUUUUUGAUUCUGUGAAUCUAGUUGCUGGUUGUUUUGGGCUAUGCGUUAUCGGCUAUGUUCUCUUUAUUUGCUCAUGGUCGUUCUACUGUUUUGCUGGGGAACUUUGUAGUCUGUCUGCUACAGGUCUGGUGUCUGUCUAUCCGAGAGCCUUCCUAGAUGUCAGUUAAUUUGACAUCAUGAGGUAAAUAUGUCAGUGGAGUUGACAUAUGAGUGCAAAAAAAGUGUUACUUCUGUGUCAGGGAUUUUCAAGGCUUCUAACCAAGAGAAUGUCAUCAGGUCUUAAGAGCAGACAUAUAGAAUACCCCAAAAUACAACAAAUACAAAAUGAUUAUCCACAGCAACAUUAUCUAUACCAUGUACAGUAGCUAGCUGACCAUCAGGUAAAUUAUAUAUUUUUUACCAUAUGUGGUUUCUCUUAUGGCCCAGAAGUGUGGUUGGACAAAACAGGUCAUAUUCCACCAAAUACCCAUGAUGCAACAGUUCAGAGUGAGGUUGAGGGAACACAUGCAAAACCCCUCAUGUCACGAUACCAGUGCAUCCAUUGCUCUUGCUGUGAGGGCAAUCUAUGUAUGGUGCUAUGCAUUCAAUUAUUCUACAAAAAAACAAACAAUGCAUUCUUAUAGCAAUAGAAUUACAGUUACCUGUUUCUUAGAGACUUUUUAAAAAUAGGAGUUGAAUGAAUCUAUUUAAAAAAGAUGUGAAGGAAAAAUACCAUCUCUUGACAAGACAUUUACACCAGGGCUGUGUAUGGUGUUUAUGCUUUGAUUUAGUUGUUAAGUUCAGUUUGGGGUCAAAGGUCAAAGUGUUCAUCAGGGCAAACCAUAGCAAAAUGAUUUAACACACUUUGCAACAGAAAACAUAAACAAGCAUUUCUUACUGGGAAAAAAGCAAGUUUCUUAUUGGACAAGAAAUUGGACAAGAAAUGUAUUCAAUUUCUGAGUGUUUUAUUCUAUUUGGUGACUAAUGAACACGACCCUGUCCUUACAUUAAACAGAUAACACCUACGAAGAAGCCAAAUAUAGGUAUUGUACAGUGGCCAUCCAAUCCCCAUAAAACUCAUAGGUUGAUCUGGAGUCGUUUUCUAGUUAGGAAACUAUGUUGAUAAAUGGGGCAAAGUAUCCAGUAGCACCCUCCCACAGGAAUGAAUAGCCUGUGAUGCAAUGCACUUACAGAAUGCAAGCAUCCACCCACUGCUGGAUUGAAUGGUUGUGUGUUUAGUGUGAAUUUAGUGUGAAGGAGAGUCAGAGAAGGUGCCUAUGUUGUUUUUUUACAAAUUCUUUGCAUUUAUUUGAAAUGUUUUCAGAGAUAUAUGUUCUUCAAAAUAAAGACAUGAGUGAGAAGGUCUUUUAAAAAACAUAAUUCAGAGAAAUUACAUCAACACAAAAACAAAAGUAUAAGUGAACCAUACCUAUCUAAAGAGUAGUAAGAACAAAUGUAGCUAUAGUAAAAUAGAGUAUAGCAAGCAAAUAUAUAUUGCAAAAGGUCAAAACCAAUGAUCAAUAACUAUCUUUUCAUUGUGUCUUAUUUUUUUGUUUUCUGUGGCACUAUACUACGGUUGUCAGAUUUUUUUUAGGAAGAACAUGCCAUAAUAUACUGAAAUAUCAAAUACGCUACAAUAAUGUGUUGAUUUGGCAAGCCAUGAUGAUUAAACUGAAGUAGCCUACUAUUAUCAAUUUACUGUAGGCCCACAUUUUAAUGAUAUGGACUACAAACCACUAUAUUAGCAUCACGAUAUAUGGAUCGUCUUCUUAUUUUAUUUCAAGAAAUACUGGAAUAUUCAUCCUAACAAACCACACCAUUUAAGUGCGUUUCCAAAUGUCCUUUACUAAAAACCAACUGAUAAUGUAUAGAUAAUGUAUACAUAUCUCUAUGGCAACCUACUGAUCACAAAAACUGCAUGGUCAAUGGAAGACUGCAUGAGCUUUUCAAAACUGUGGAUCAACUAUAAUAACGGUUGCAUCAUUUAAAGAAAACCCUUGCUUUCAUCUACACCAAAGGCUUUUUUAUAUGAAAUACCCUCCUGUAUUAUGAUUUUUUUAAAUUAAUUUUUUAUUGAAAAACAUUAUUGUUUGCUUAAGAUAUUGACAAACACUUUUGUCUCGGAUCAGGUGUACCUUCUGAUUUUCAUCUCGGAUCAGGCGUACGUUCUGACUGUUGACAUCACACCAUGUUCAAACUAGCCUGGUCUCAGAUCUGUUUGCGCUGUCUUGCCAAGUAUAUGGUCAUUGUCAGGCCAAACAUGUUUGGCAAUUACCAAUGACAAUGAUCAUAGGAGUUGGCUGUACAGCACAAACAGAUCUGUGACCAGGCUAUACGUUCAAACCUCACUUUAGUUAGAAUGGUGAUGAGAGGUGACUAGUUUUUGUUUGAUGACAGGGAGUGAUAUGAUUGGUAGACAUAUGAUUACUACGAGUUUGUCUUCCUGUCCGUCCAUCAGACAUGGUUUGUAUCCCAAAUGACACCCUAUUCACUAUAUAUUGCAUUACUUUUGACCAGAGCCCCU